AUGUCGCCGCCGCUACCAACGCCAGCCGACUUCCCUACCAGUCUAUCACCCAUCAUUCACCUCCCACAAAAAGCACAGCCCACCAAUGCCAUCAUCUUCCUCCCAGGCCUGGGAGACAAUGCAAAGAACUUCUCAUCAUUUGCCCAGGCCUUGAAUUUACCGGAUGCAUUGACCAUCACACUGAAUCCGCCGUUCCCUCUCCCAAUGCCACUGGGCCUUCCAGGAGCGCAGUGGUCAGAAGAUCUGCAUGUCGACGCCAGCACCGGAGACCUUGACCUGGAUGCCAGCCCGCUGACCAUCGCCGUCAACUUGGUCGCCGACGACGUCAUCGCGAAGACCUUGGUCGACAAGUUCAAGUAUCGCCCUGACCAGAUCCACCUCUUUGGCUUCGGCCAGGGCGGCAGCGUCGCUGUCGCGGUGCCUCUGCAUCCCUCGCUGGCGGCCGUCGCUUCGUCACUAGGCGGUGUCAUUUCCAUUGGUUGUGGAUUACCUCUGUCUCUCGCCACUGCGGGGAGAGGGAGAGCCAGAACGCCUCUGCUUCUUCUUUCAGGGUCCAAGUCGGCGCUGGCGGCGGUGGGAUCCAGCCCGCUCAAGCGCGUCAACGAUGCCUACGAGUUCGUCGAGUAUCACCGCUGGAAGAAAGCCGAGGACUCAGUGCCCAAGAACCGUGAUGAGGUCCUGCCCAUGAUGCAAUUUUGGGCCCGGAGGCUGAGAAGUCGCCGUGGUGUACCAGACGAUGCCGUUGAGCUUCCUGGUUGA